AAUAAAAGAAAUCCGAUCGCCAUGCCAAAUAAGUGGUUAUAAAUUGAAAUACAUGUAUGCUUACAACUCUUUGUUAAACAAUGUCCAACAAAAACCAUAAUCACACAUUUCCAAUUUCAGUUACUUUGUUGAUUUUCUUGUUGCUAAAUCUAUGUCAAGAAGCUUCAGGGCUAACACAAUCUGAAGCCUUGUUAAAGUGGAAACAAAGUCUCCCUCAGCAACCAAUUCUUGAUUCAUGGAUCAUUAACAACUCAAGUUCAACACAAACUCCAUGUUCAUGGAAAGGUAUCACCUGUGAUUCAAAAGGAAGCGUGACAGUUAUAAACUUAGCAUAUGCUGAGCUUGAAGGUACUCUUCAACACUUAAACUUAUCUGUUUUCACAAACCUUCUUCGUCUAGAUCUUAACACAAACUAUCUCUUCGAUACCAUACCUCAAAAUAUUGGCGUUCUUUCUAAACUCCAAUUUCUCGAUCUUUCUACUAAUUUUCUCAAUGGAACUUUGCCUCUUUCUAUAUCCAAUUUGACUCAAGUUUACGAGCUUGAUGUUUCGAGAAACGAUGUGUCAGGUAUAUUAGACCGUCGAUUGUUUCCUGAUAAGCCCAGUUCUAAAACCAGACUUAUUGGUAUUAGGAAUCUCCUUUUUCAAGAUACUCUCUUGGGUGGUCCAUUACCGAACGAAAUAGGGAACAUUCAAAACUUGACUAUACUAGCACUUGACGGAAACAAUUUCUCUGGGCUUAUUCCUUCAUCUUUAGGAAACUGUAAACAUUUAAGCAUUCUUGGUUUGUCUGAAAACCAUUUCUCUGGCCCAAUUCCACCAAGCAUUGGCAAAUUGACAAACCUAACUGAUCUUAGGUUUUACACCAACAACUUAAAUGGUACUGUGCCACAAGAAUUUGGAAACCUUUCAUCUUUGAUUGUGUUGCAUCUUGCUGAGAACAAUUUCACUGGUGUGUUACCACCACAAGUUUGCAAAAGUGGCAAACUUGUGAAUUUUAGUGCAGCCGAUAACAGUUUCACCGGUCCAAUUCCAAUAAGUCUUAGAAACUGUCCUUCUUUGUAUAGAGUUCGACUUGAACACAACCAGUUAACUGGUUAUGCUGAUCAAAAUUUCGGAAUUUAUCCAAAUCUUACUUACAUGGAUUUCAGCAAAAACAAAGUUCAAGGUGAUUUAUCUUCCAAAUGGGGAUCCUGCGAAAAAUUGCAAUUACUACGUAUGGCUGGUAAUUCAGUAAAUGGUAACAUUCCAGGAGAAAUUUUUCAUUUGAAACAAUUACAAAAGCUUGAUCUAUCAUCCAACCAAUUAUCAGGAACUAUUCCUUCACAAAUUGGAUAUUCUUUAAAUUUGUAUAGCUUAAAUUUAGGUGGAAAUAGGCUUUCUGGUAAAAUACCAAUUGAAAUUGGAAAGCUUUCUAAUUUGCAAUAUUUAGACCUUUCAAUGAACAUGUUGAUGGGAGAAAUUCCGAUUCAGAUUCGAGAUUGUUCAAACUUGUUGAGUUUAAAUUUGAGUAAUAAUCACUUGAAUGGAACAAUUCCAUUCCAAAUUGGAAGUCUUGCAGCUUUACAAAUCCUUUUGGAUCUAAGUUACAAUUCAUUUUCAGGGGAAAUUCCUGCUACUAUUGGUCACCUUUUAAAUUUGAUAAGUUUGAAUAUCUCAAACAAUAAUUUAUCUGAUUCAAUUCCUGAUGAAAUUAAUGGAAUGUUGAGUUUGUCAAAUCUUAACCUCUCUUACAAUCACUUAGAGGGUAAAAUUCCGAAAGGUGGCAUAUUCAAAUCCAACUCUUCUACUUCACUUGAUUUGAGCAACAACCAAGGUCUGUGUGGUGAUUUCAAAGGUUUGAAACCUUGUAGUGUAUCACUUAGUCAACCAAACGGUGAUGGAAGUGACAAGGAAAGUGUUGUAAUUCCUAUUGUUGCUUCUUUAGGAGGUGCACUUUUUCUUUUACUGAUAUUUGUUGGCAUAUAUUUCUUAUGCUACAAGAAAAAUUCAAGACCUUCAAGGCUAAAAGAUUCUUCAGUGAAGAUACCAAAUCCAUUUUCGGUUUUGUACUUCAAUGGAAGAGUCAUAUACGAAGACAUAAUUGAAGCAACCAACAAUUUUGACGACAAAUAUUGCAUUGGCGGAGGAGCAUUUGGAAAUGUUUACAAAGCACAACUGAAAGGAGGACAAAUGUUGGCGGUGAAAAAGCUGAAAUACGAUGACGAGAAUUUAGUUAUCGAUAGCAUAAAAACAUUUGAAAAUGAGGUUAAAUCUAUAACAGAAACAAGGCACAGGAACAUUGUGAAGUUUUAUGGAUUUUGUUUUGCAGGGAUCCACACAUUUUUGGUUUAUGAGUAUAUGGAUAAAGGGAGUUUGGCUGAUAUGUUGACUGAUGAUAUGAAAUCAAUAGAACUUGAUUGGGUUAAAAGGGUUGAGAUUGUUACAGGUGUUGCAAGUGCUCUUUCUUAUAUGCAUCAUGAUUGUUCACCACUUUUGAUUCAUAGAGACAUUUCAAGCAAGAAUAUUUUGUUAUCUUCAAAUCUUGAAGCUCAUGUUUCAGAUUUUGGUACUGCAAGGUUUCUUAAGCCAAACUCGCCUAUUUGGACUUCAUUUGCCGGGACAUAUGGUUAUGCUGCUCCAGAGCUUGCUUACACAAUGGCGGUGACAGAGAAAUGUGAUGUAUUCAGCUUUGGUGUUUUAGCAUUUGAGAUUCUAACUGGAAAACACCCUGGUGAUGUUGUUUCUUACAUACAAGCAUCCAAUGUUCAGAAGAUAGAUUUAAAAGAGAUUUUAGAUCCUCGUCUCCCAUCUCCUCCAAAUAAUGUUUUGAAUGAAUUGGAAAUGGUGGAAAAUUUAGCUGUUUCUUGUUUACACACAAAUCCUCAGUCUAGACCUACCAUGAGAAGCAUUUCCCAAUUGCUUAUAAAAAUGUAGACUAUGCUUAAAUCUUGAUUGAUGUCUUUUAGUGUUUUCUUGCUGUUCACUUGCUUAGUAUUAUGACUUUUCUCAUGUAUAUCUUAGUUUCUCCUAUAUAAUUUAUAUGUCAGUUAUGUAUUGUCGGUGAUUAAUUUAGACUGUGUGUGAGAAUUUGGAUGAGAGAAAAAGGACUUUUAGAGAAAUAAAUGAGAAAGUAAUCUUUUA